UCGAAGUAAAAACAGAAUGGCGGCUCCUAUUGGUGUCUGUGUUUUGACAAACAUGUGGGUAAAAAGCUACAGGCCUUUUUACGGCAUGUAUGCAAAUAUUGCUCGAAAUAUACCUGUAAGCUGUCAAGUUCGUCUCUGUUUAAAUUAUUCCACCAACACCUCUGCUGCAACUAGUGAACAAGGAACUGCUCAAAAAUUACAGGAGACAAAUGAAUCGGCUGGUGAGAGCAAUGCAGAAUCAAAAGAUUUAUCCUUGAAAGAAAAAGAAUUGUUGUCUGAGAAUGAAAAACUUUUAGACAGUGUGAAAAGUUUAGAUGUUGGAAAUUGGAUGAUUAGAAAAAGUAAAAUUUUAUCUGCAAUCAGCAGUAAAUUCUAUCGAUCCCCAAUAAAAGACAAGUAUAAAAGAGCUUUAGCAGAUAACGAAAACAUUCGCAACAGAAUGAGGCGAGAAAUAAACGAUGCUAAACAGUUUGGUAUCCAAAGUUUUGUGAAAGACCUCAUAGAAGUGGCUGAUGUCCUUAACAAAGCAACAGAAUCUGUUCCUAAAGAGGCUUUAAAUGGUAACCCACAUCUGAAGAGUUUAUUUGAAGGCCUACAAAUGACAGAAUCACAGUUACUAACUGUUUUUAAAAGACAUGGAGUGUUUCCUAUCAAUCCUAUUGGUGAAAAAUUCAAUCCCAAUCACCAUGAAGCGUUAUUUGAACAAGAAGAUUCUACAAAAGAAGCAGGUACUGUAGGGACAGUUACACAAAUAGGGUAUAGAUUACAUGAAAGAAUUGUGCGCCCUGCUAUGGUAGGUGUUGUUAAAUCUUCAAAGGUCUAGUGAUAAUUAUUCAUCAAAAUUGUAAUAGAGAAUACAUAAUUUAAUGUACUCGUUGAUGUACAUAUUGUUCAUUUUUUAAAUAAAAAUA